AUGUUCAAUUCUGUGCCUUAUUUCCUGAUACUGACCUCGGGGGUCGGAAUCGCGUUGAUGCCACAAGUGAUGGCAGUCAGCACCAUUAUACCAUACACCAGUUUUGACAACCAGACCAGCUUUGACGCAGUCUGGAACUACAACUAUCCCUGGGGCACCGACCACAACGGCGCCGCACGUAUGAAUGGUUCAGAUGCCAUCCGGUUGGCGAGCCGCGGCGACCACACACUUGUCAUCACUGCUCGACGUGCCUACAACCAAACAUCCGCCACUCAUGGUGGAAAACAAAUUCCUAUCAAGUAUCUCUCCGGUGCCAUCCAUGCUAAAGAGCGUUUCACCGUCCAGCCAAACGGCGGCUACGAUUUCAAGGGAUUUUUCAAAGCCACAACGACCAAGGGUACUUGGCCAGCCUUCUGGCUCACAGCAGUGGACAGCUGGCCCCCCGAGAUUGACAUGGCAGAAUGGAAAGGAUCCGGAAAAAUUAGCUUCAAUACGUUCAAUACAUCGAGCGAAGUUGCCUCAACCAACGUGAAUUACAGUGAGACUGCCAGGUUCCAUAGUAUCAAGUGCGAAUUGAGAGACGAGGGGCCGAAUGUCCGCGCCAAUUUCUACAUGAAUGGCAACCUGACUGCCACUCAGGUCGGAAAAGGAUAUGUGGGAAAAGCUAUGUACCUGAUUAUAAACUUGCAGAUGGAAGGUUCUUCGGGCUCCCCGGGUCCUCAGAAUAACACGGAAUACGCCAUACGAGGCCUCGAGGUCCUUUCCUACAACCCAUGA